AUGGGUUUAUUCCUAACAAAAGAAAAAUUUUCUUUUUUAAAAGGUUCGAAAAGCUUGGAUGAAAAAUUGUUUCAAAUCCCAAUCUUUAGAGAAAAUGAAGCUGACAUAAAUAAUACAAAUUUGACCACAUCAAAUAAAGUCCAAAAUCUUUUAACUGAAGCGGAACGUAAAAUGAACUCUCAUGAAUAUGUUAAAUCGUUGGAAAUUUUGCAGUUAGCUACCAUAUUUGGCUCCUCACGGUCCGCAGCGAAAUUGGGUCACAUUAAUCUUCGAGGUUUAAAUGCCACCAUCGUACCAGAUUACGCAACAUCCGCUGCGUAUUAUUUCAUUGCUUUAAAAUUCAUUAAAAUGAGCUCAUAUACGAAAUGGGAUAUAGAUCUCCUUCACGAAGUGAUUGAAGGUUUAACUGAAUUAUAUCGAUUUUAUUUUAAUCGUCGACGUGAUUUACUUUUUUGGAAUCACGGAAUUGAAGUGAUGAAAUCCAUCAAAACCGUUUUGAAAGAUCCUCUUUUCUCGAACACUGCAACGGAUGAAGUAGUUCGGAAAAUUAAAUCUUUAAGAAUUCAUAUCAUCUUUUGCCUUGCUUUGACCGCUGAACUCGAAGGCGAUGACAAUGACGAUUACAGGGAAGCAGUAAAGUUGUAUCAUGAAUGCGAACAGAUUGGAACAUGCGGUUUAGAAUGUGCAGAUAAAUUGGUUAAAAAGGCACAUACUAGGUUUCGUUUGUUAGAACCAAAUGUGCCUCGAGUUCAGCCUGUUUGCGUGAUUUGUAAUUAUAAGGCGGGAGAACUAAAAUCAAUUUGGAGUUUAUUGGUAUGUUCGAAAUGUCAAAUUGUUGCUUGUUGUAGUAGGAAAUGUCUAGAUCAGCAUCUGGGCUUGCAAUCAAGAGAACUUUAA